AUGGACAGAGCAGCGCUCCUGGCACUGUCCCGCCUGUGCGCGCUGUGGGCAGCCCUGCUCGCGCUGUUCCCCUGCGGAGCCCAAGGAAACUGGAUGUGGUUGGGCAUCGCCUCCUUUGGGGUUCCGGAGAAGCUGGGCUGCGCCAACUUGCCGCUGAACAGCCGCCAGAAGGAGCUGUGCAAGAGGAAACCGUACCUGCUGCCCAGCAUCAGCGAGGGCGCCCGGCUGGGCAUUCAGGAGUGCAGGAGCCAGUUCAGAUACGAGAGGUGGAACUGCCUGGUGGCCGCCGCCGCCCCGCCGGACACCAGCCCUCUCUUUGGCUACGAGCUGAGCAGCGGCACCAAGGAAACAGCAUUUAUUUAUGCUGUGAUGGCUGCAGGCCUGGUGCAUUCUGUGACCAGGUCAUGCAGUGCAGGCAACAUGACCGAGUGUUCCUGUGACACCACCUUGCAGAACGGCGGCUCAGCCAGUGAAGGCUGGCACUGGGGAGGCUGCUCUGAUGAUGUCCAGUAUGGCAUGUGGUUCAGCAGAAAGUUCCUAGAUUUCCCCAUCAGAAACACCACGGGAAAAGACAGCAAAGUACUGUCAGCAAUGAACCUGCAUAAUAAUGAAGCUGGAAGGCAGGCUGUCGCCAAGUUGAUGUCAUUAGACUGCCGGUGUCACGGAGUUUCCGGCUCCUGUGCUGUGAAAACAUGCUGGAAAACCAUGUCUUCUUUCGAAAAGAUUGGUCGUCUGUUGAAGGAUAAAUAUGAAAACAGUGUCCAAAUCUCAGACAAAAUAAAGAAGAAAAUGCACAGGAGAGAGAAAGAUCAGAGGAAAAUACCGAUCCACAAGGAUGAUCUGCUCUACAUUAAUAAGUCUCCCAAUUACUGUGUAGAGGAUAAGAAACUCGGGAUCCCAGGGACCCAAGGCAGAGAGUGCAAUCGCACGUCAGAGGGCGCAGACGGCUGCAACCUCCUCUGCUGCGGCAGGGGCUACAACACCCACGUGGUCAGGCACGUGGAGCGAUGUGAGUGCAAGUUUAUCUGGUGCUGCUACGUCCGCUGCAGGAGGUGUGAAAGCAUGACUGAUGUCCACACUUGCAAGUAACCACUCCGGCCUUGGGCAAGAGUCCCCAGUGACAGACAUACAACGGGAGUGGCUCCCACUGUGCUGGUCUGGAGAGCCUGACACCUGCCUCCUCAGAAUUCCCAGAUCCUCGAGGCUCUCUCAGAAGUCCCUUUACCUGAUUGAUGUCAAUGUCACACACUAGGCAUGUAGAUUUCUUGGGAUUCUAAAACUGAAAAAGUUUGAGUUCAUAUGUUGGUGGUUUAGGGAACAGAUAUUGAGGGGCAAGGAAGAUAAACUGUCUCGUAAGCAAGAAAGAACAGGAAAGAGCCUUCAUGCCGAGAGACCUGGUCCACACUCAGGAUAAGAUCCUUGACUAUGGAACUCGGUUAUGGAACUCAAUAGUGGUGGGUGAAUAUUAGUCAUUUAAAAAAGACAUCUAUUAGAGCAGCAAGGAGCAGUAAACAUGAAUCUCAUUCUCUGAGUAUUUUUUAUGAAGAAAUCAUACUAAGUGUUGGUGCAUAGAAACAGAAGGUGUUGGGACAGGUUAACAGAAGUGGUGGGUGCCUACUUAACACUUUCAUUCAUUUCAGAAGAAAGAAUCUUCGUAAGUGAUAUAACACCCCUAAAACAUGUUUGUUAGCGAUAUUUCGUGACAAAACAAAAGAAGCAAGAUGUAAGAAGCAAAAUGUAAAACGCAAAAUGUAUGAUUUGGAGUUUAAGUGACUUUUAACCAGGAGAAUUGAUCUAGAAGAGUAUCAGUAACAUAUAUAGCAACCUUUAUCUUUGGCUUCACACUUUCAUUAUAGACCAGCUUCCACUAUUAAAAACUCAGCUCUGAAGUACUGGAGGAAGGGAUCCUGAAAACAUGCGGGAAAAUGAGAGGUAGAAAUAUAAAGGGCUCUCGUACAUUGCAAGGAAAAGCACCCU